CUCAAGAGGAAAGUAAAUCCCCCCGUCAGACCUGAUAAUCUUAUGAACGAACACAACUAAUGAGAUCUGUUUCUAACCUCCACUAAAUAUCUUCAUUAAAUUUGUUCUUAUUGAAAUCAACAGCAGGAUGAAGAAGACUUUCACAAUCAUUAUUUUAUUUCUCGUGUGUGCAGGUGUGUUUGGUGAUGAAGUGAAGUCAGUGAAAGUGAUGGCUGGUGAAUCAGUUACUCUAAAUACUGAUCUUACUGACAUACAUGAGGAUGAUGUGAUCUGGUGGAGGUUUGGAGAAGGCGAAUCUAAAAGUCUUUUAGCUGAAAUUGUUAAACAUAAGAUCUGGUAUGCAAGUGGAAGGUUCAGAGACAAAUUGCAGAUAUCGAACAGUAAGAGCGGAGAUCUCACCAUCAUGAACAUGAAGAUCAAAUACUCUGGACUUUAUGAAGCAGAGAUCAACAUUGCCAAUGGAGCAUCAACAUCAUACAAGAGAUUUAAUGUUACUAUCAGUGCGUCUCCUCCUGUUAUUCAUUCCGGACCUGGUGACGCGGUGUCUUUUACACUGAUGGAGGGUGAAUCUGUUACUUUACGCUGUAAUGCUCAAACACAAAGAGAUGCUUUCAUCCUAUGGAGGUUUGGAGAUGAAAGUGCUCUCAUAGCUGAAUUUGAUAUGGAGGAUAAUAAGACUUCAGUAUAUGAUGGUGCUGAUGGGAGUUUCAAAGACAGAUUGAAGCUGAAUGAUCAAACUGGAGAUCUCACCAUCACUGACAGCAAAUCUAAACACAGUGGACUUUAUCAGCUGAAGGUCAGCAGCAACAAAAAGACCUUAUACAAGACAUUCAGUGUUACUGUCAGGGAAGCGGGUUUAUCUUCAGGUGGUAAAGCAGGAUUAUGUAUUUUCUUCCUCCUGGUUAUUGCUGCUGUUAUUGCUGCUGGCUGGUUUUUGUAUCGGCGCAGGGUCUCUGAACUCCAAUAUGAAAUGAAGACUGUGUCAGUGAUUGAGGGAAAGUCUGUCACAUUGAAUACUGGGAUGACUGAAUAUGAUCCCAAAGAUCAUGAAAUAAUCUGGAGGUUUGGAGACAAUGACCACAUGAUCGCUCAGAUUCAUAGAAAGACCAAUGAUGUCUCAUAUGUUGAUGAUGAGAGAUUCAAAAACAAACUUCAUCUGGAUAAGACGACUGGAGAUCUCACCAUCAAUGAUUUCACAAUCAGGACCUCUGGAGAUUAUCACCUGGAGAUCAACAGAAGUACCAGAAUCAACAGAUUCACCACAUCUAAGACAUUCAGAGUUGUUGUCCAUGUGGACACAUUAAAUAUCACAGAAGGAGAGUCUGUUGAACUACAGAGCGGCAUUUCUGAACUACAGGAUGAUGAUCAGAUACAGUGGAGAUCUGAAGCUAAAGAUGCCAUCAUAGCUGUAAGAAAGAGAAAGAGUGAUGAUCAGAUCUCAAUAAACUGCGAUGAUGAUGAGAUGCUCAAAAACAGACUGAUACUAAACCAUAAGACUGGAUCUCUCACCAUCACAAACAUUGAAAACUCAGACUCUGGAGUUUAUGAACUACAGAUUAAGAACCAAAAUACAACUUUAUAUAAGAAAUUCAAUGUUGUCGUUGGGUACGAUACAAUAAAUCACACAGCGGGUGAUUCUGUCAUUAUAAAAACUGGACUCUCUGAGUUAAAGAAAGACCAUCAGAUACUGUGGACGUUUGGAAAUAAAAACACUCGUAUAGCUGAAAUCAACCGAGUCAGUGGUCGUCUGUAUGUAUAUGAUGGUAAUGAUGACAGAUUCAGAGACAGACUGACACUAAAUGAACUGAAUGGAGAUCUGACCAUCAGAAACAUCAUGAGAGGACAUUCAGAUGUUUAUAAACUGCAGAUCAACAGCAGAUCAGAGAGCAAAUCCAAGAGUUUCAUGCUUAUUGUAAACGAGAAAUGGACAGAAAUGCCAGUGAUGGAGGGAGAAUCUGUCACACUACCCACUGAUCUUACUGACAUACAGAUUGAUGAUCAGAUAUUGUGGAUGUUUGGACCUGAAGAGAGUCUCGUAGCUACAUGUCAUAAGAAAAAGAAAUGGAUUGGGGCUGAUGAGAAGACACUUCAUGAUCGUGUUGACUUAAGAUUUAAAAACAAACUAGAGCUGGAUCAGACUGGAUCUCUCACCAUCAAAGACAUUAAAGCUGAACUCACAGGACUUUAUAAACUACAGAUCAUCAGCAAUGGAGAAAACACAUACAAGAAAUACAAAGUUUCUCUCUAUGACAAUACAUUAAAACAUACAGUGGGUGAUUCUGUCACUUUAAAAACUGGAAUCUCUGAGCUGAAGGAAGACCAUCAGAUACUGUGGAUGUUUGGAAAUAAAAACACUCGUAUAGCUGAAAUCAACCGAGUCAGCGGUCGUCUGUAUGUAUAUGAUGGUAAUGAUGAAAGAUUCAGAGAUAGACUGACACUGAAUGAACUGAAUGGAGAUCUGACCAUCACAAACAUCAUGAGAGGACAUUCAGAUGUUUAUAAACUCCAGAUAAACAGCAGAUCAGAGAGCACAUGCAAGAGUUUCAUGCUUACUGUAAACGAGAAAUGGACGGAAAUGCCAGCGAUGAAGGGAGAAUCUGUCACACUACCCACUGAUCUUACUUACAUUCACAAUGAUGAUCAAAUAUUGUGGAUGUUUGGACCUGAAGAGAAUCUCAUAGCUAAAUUUAAUAAGAAAAGGAGUUUGAAGACGUUAUUUUAUGGUUUUGUUGAUGAGAAGAAGCUGAUUUAUAAUGGUGUUGACUUAAGAUUUAAAAACAAACUAGAUCUGGAUCAGACUGGAUCUCUCAUCAUCAAAGACAUUAACACUGAACACACAGGACUUUAUAAACUACAGAUCAUCAGGAACAGAGAAAACACAUACAAGAAAUACAAAGUUUCUCUCUAUGGUCGAGAAAGAGGCGGUACGGCAGAUCAUAUAGAGAUUGUGUCAGAGCAGAAUCCUUUACUUCCCAGACAAACCUCACAACAACAGCAGUAG